GAUCUAGUGACCACCCUUUUGAUCAUGAUCUUAACCGUCCAUCUUGGGAACUCGCACGUGCGAUGUCGCAGAAUAUAUGUCAGUGGAGAAUCGACUUUCUCUCUCCUCUAUGUUUGUUUGUUAGGUGAAGAAGAACCCCUCUUUCUCUCUCCUCUCGUUCCUCUGUGGCAGCUGUGGGCAGGAACGGAGACCCUCCAUCGCCUAAAAGACAAGAGCAGUCUCUCUUUAUAUACAUCUACUCUCUCGUCUCUUUUUCUCUCUCUUACCUUUGUCAAUGGCGGCUGUCAUCUUGUUAUUCGUGGCCCUUCUCACACAUAGAUCCGCCGCGGCUUCCUCCAUAUGCCCUCUUCAAUCACUUGAAGGCGCCUUUGUUUCCACCUCUGAUCAAUGCUCUGAUCUCCCCCUUUCCCGCCCUAAUGCAUCAGAGUUGGAUGGGAGAUCCUUGGACAGAGUCUUGAACAUAAAGCGGAGUAAUACAUAUGUAUCUGUACUCUUUUAUGCGGAUUGGUGUCCAUUCUCUCGCAAUGUGCGACCGACUUUUAAUAUUUUGGCUUCCAUGUUUCCCCAUAUCAGACAUGUGGCUAUCAGCGAGUCCACUGCUACACCCAGUGUCUUCUCAAGGUAUGGGGUGCACAGCCUCCCAACAAUUGUGAUAGCAAACAGGACGUCAAGGUUGCGGUACAAUGGACCCAAAGAUCUCAAUUCUUUGGUGCAGUUCUACAAGAAGACAACAGGUUUCGAGCCAGAGGAAUUUCUCGAAGUUAACCAUCCAACAAAUUUGGCUAGUGAGAAUCCCAUUCGAUUAUGGCAUUCUACCCCAAGAGAAUUAGUUAGAAGGGAACCUUACCUUGCUUUAGCGGUUAUAUUUCUAUUAUGCCGAGCAUUUCUUUAUAUCUUCCCAAAGUGUAUGUCUUGGCUCAGGAGUCUUUGGAUGCUGCACAUGGGGCACCUUAGCUUAGGGGUGUUUGGUGAGAGGAGCCUACUGGUCGAGAGGGCACUCCAUGUGUUCAACAUAAAGAGGGUUUGGAGCAGGCUGAGACUCUGCAAAACGAGGAACUUUGAGAAGGGGGCAAAGAAUGCGAGAGUAUGGGCAUCUUCCCUUGCUUCUGUCUCUAUAGGCGAAGCAUCUUCCACUAGAUCGAGUGCAUCUGCCCCUGAUUCAUGAGUUAUUCUCUUUGUGCUGACUUCGGCUCUUGUAUGGUUAUUAUGAGAGGCCGUUUGCAGUGGUAGCCAUGGGAGCUCAUCGAGAGGAUUGGGUUUCAGUUUAGGAUUAAAGGCCUCUUCCAGAUGUGAAAUAGGUAGGUGGAUGGAAUGGUGUGUGAGCAGAAGCAGCCCUAGAGUGGAGUAUAGUUUCUCUUCUUGGAACAUGGACAUGGCGUGGUGUUGCAACUUGGUAAGGUGUCAUUUUAUGCUUUAUGUGUCACUUUAGGGCACGCUUGACAACGGUCUUCUGGAAAACUACUUCAAUCCGGUUAUGGUGGUCCUUGAGGUUUGUUUCUUGAGACACUGAUAUGAUGGAAUACACCUUGCUUUAUAAACUAUUUAUAAUUUUGGUGAUUCUAGUAAAUGUCUCUUGUUUGAUUGAACC